AUGCAGGGGUCACCAAAUGGCCCAAAUCCCCUGUUUACUCUCCUAAUUCUUGCCGGCCUAACAUGCUGCAGCAACUAUUUCACAACUCCGGCGGCCGGAAAUACAGAGCUGAGGGCAUUAAUGGAGAUCAAGUCAUCUUUGGAUCCGGCGAACAACGGCUCGUUUGUUGGGGUUGCUUGCAACGAGCACCGGAAACUGGUCAACAUCUCUCUGCAGGGGAAGGGGCUCGCCGAAAAGUUGACUCCGGCAUUAACCGAUCUUUAUCUCAAUUUCAAUAACUUGACUGGUGCUAUACCACCUGAGAUUGGAAAAAUGGCUAGUCUUCAAGUACUGCAGCUGAGUUACAACCAAUUGACAGGGAACAUGCCUACACAAAUGAGAUCCUUAAAAAACCUGAACUUUCUUGCAUUGGAAAGCAAUAGGCUAACAGGGCAUAUCCCUUCAGACUUAGGAAAUUUGAGGUCCUUGAAAAGCUUGCACUUCGGCUCCAAUCAACUCUCAGGCCAAAUUCCUUACACACUGGCCAAUAACACCUCACUUGAACUCCUUGAUGUCAAAAACAACAAACUUUCUGGACUCAUCCCUCCUGAGAAGAAAUAUCGAUUUCCAGUUCGAAAACAACUCUGGCUUAUGUGGGCCCGGCUUCCCCGGGCUCAGAGCCUGCAACUAGCUCGACAGCAACCUCGACCUCAACCUGAACUCCUUCCCAUCCGGCCACACGGGCAAUCCCAAUCCUCAAUCGGCUGCCUUCGCCAUAGCCUGCAACGAGACCAUCUGUUCGGAGACCCCAUCAAAGCUUCCCAAGAUCGGGCUCAUCUCGGGCCUGAUCGCCACCUCGUUCGGGCUGGCGGUGGCCGCUGCCGUCGCUUUUUUCUGGCACCGCCGCCGGAAACAGAAGGUCGGGGACAAAUCCGACACGUCCAAUGGGGACCAGCUCACAUGUGGGGCCCACACAGAAGAGACUCGUUCAACCUCGAGGAGGUCGAGUCGGCCACGCAGCACUUCUCGGAGGCGAACCUUUUAGGGAAGAGUAAAUUCUGUCGAGUCUAUAAGGGGGUUCUGAAGGGUGGGUCGAUUGUGGCUGUUAAGUGUAUUGGGAAGACGAGUUGCAAGUCGGAGGAGGAAGAGUUCUUGAGAGGGCUCGGCUUGCUGAAUUCGCUCGAGCACGAGAAUUUGGUGGAGCUCAAAGGGUUAUGUCGGUCCAAGGCUCGAGGGGAGUGCUUCUUGAUUUACAAUUUUGCCCCUGGAGGUAAUUUGUCGAGCUAUCUCGACCGAGAUGAGGUUGUUGUGCUUGAUUGGAAGACUAGGGUUUCUAUCAUCCAUGGCAUUGCUAAAGGUGUGCUGUAUCUACACAGCAACGAGACGAACAAGCCACCGAUCAUCCACCAAACCUCUCGGUCGCGACUCGACCGAAACAUGAGCCCGUUGAUUCUUGAUGCGGGCCUUCACGGGCUUCUUGCAGAUGAUGUUGUCUACUCGGCCCUCAAAGUGAGUGCGGCAUUAGGCUACAUGGCCCCCGAGUACAUCACUACAGGCCGGUUCACGGAAAAGAGUGACGUGUAUGCGUAUGGAGUCAUAAUUUUCCAGUUAUUGUGUGGCAAGACGAUGCUCCCGGGGCCCACACGGGCAGCGGCUGAGGCCGGGAAACUGGAGGAGUUUAUCGACCCAAAGCUCAAAGGUGAGUUUAUGGAAAUCGAGGCGCAACUGCUGACGAGGAUUGCCUUGGACUGCACGAAUGAGAAUCCAAAGAGUAGGCCGAGCAUGGUGUCGGUAGUGCAGGAGCUGAAAAGCGGUAUGAAGAGUGGCUAG